AUGCAAAGUUCUAUGCAAGAUUUGACAGACUCUUUUGCUUUUACUCAAGAUUGGUUUUCGUUAAAAGUUGAGAAAUUUCCUGACAGCUUGGUAUGUAAUACUGUCAAAAAGAAUUCUCAAAAACCUUCUUUAUCCCUCAACAUAGGAACUUUGGAAAAAUUAUCGAAUCCGCAUAAACUUCCACUUGUUCCCGCAACUACACAUCCCCUUAAUCAUCAGAUCACGUCGUCACCUAUAACACCUACAUUCUUUAGCAAAUUUAACAGUAACGUUUUACACAUUACAAAGCGAAAGAACGAUAGUGAACAGAAUCUAUCCGUUCAAACACAAGAUAAAGUUAUAGAUUUAAGGAAAUGCUAUAGUCCAUUAGAUCUAAGUAUAACUGAGGUAAUGCGUAGAGAAAAAGAUCGAAAAGAACCAGAAAAAAAAAAAGUUAUUGUGCAUAUGAUCAAAGCUUCCGAUACUCUAGCUGGCAUCGCCUUGUCUUAUGGAAUAGAG